AUGUAUACUGUAUUUUAUUACGCAAGGAGAGCUGGCGGCCCAAAGCAUGAAUUGAGAAUGAGAAAUAGUGAAUUUAUGCAUAAAAAAAUACGAAGAAGUCUCGGUCCAUUACUUGCCAUUUCACUAUGUCCAUUUAAACCUGGAACACCUGUUAUGCUUUGAUUAUUCGUCGUAUAAUCUACAGGCAAUUCAUGCUGGACACCCACAAUGAGGA